GGUGAAAGCAGAAGGAAGAUGAGAGGAGAAGGAAGGUGGGAACUGCAGCUGCCUAACCGGGAAUGAAGGCGCAAGAAUGCCCUGUGAGACGGUGUGGAGGCUCCGCCACAUUUACGCACACAAGAAGAAGUGAUUUACUGUGAGGACAUCGGAAGAGGAAGAAUCGGAUCUUGGUGUUAAGAGGCUUUAUAUUGGCCGAGAAAGAAAAAGUUUGCCUCAGAAGUUGCCUUCAUCAAGCAGCAGAGAUGAGAUUGAACUUUUCUACAAGUUGGAUAGUCCGAGGCUGGAUAACAUGCGUCCUCGUCACCUUUUACGCACAGAAUGUGAUCUCCAAAUCUCUCCAGUGUGAUGAGACACAUUAUUUAAAGGGCUCCAGAUGCUGCAAGAAGUGUAAACCAGGCUUCCGUGUUUUUGACGACUGCACUGAUUCCCACGAGACUAAAUGUGUCAAAUGUAGCCGUGGUGAAUACCAGCCUGGGUGGACUGACAAGUCACGCUGUCUUCAGCAGAAGUUCUGUGACCCAGGUAAGGGUUUUAUGGACAGGCCUGAAAACUAUGAAGCAGAGGAGCCGUGUCGCUGCCGUCCUGGCUACCAAUGCUCCCUCAUCAACUGCGAGUACUGUGAGAGGAUACCCAACUGCAGUGCUGGGUAUGGACUCGAGGAGGACCUUGAGUCUACUAAUGGAAGAAAGACAUGUGUCGCAUGUAAGAAAGGCUUCUUCUCUGCUGACAACACUGCUGAACAAUGCAAGCAAUGGACAAAUUGUAAAGCUGAGGGCAGGAGUGAGACACAGCCAGGCAGCGCUCAGGCUGAUGCAGUGUGUGGACCACAAGUGUCUGGUGCAGCACCCUCCUGGGUUAUAGUUUCAGUGCUGUCAGUCAUCACUGUUCUGUGUCUACUCAUCCUGCUCCUGUUCUGCUACAAGGACAAACUCAAAUUGCUCUCCGUAAAUCUGCGAUCCUGUGUCCAGAAUCUGAAGAGGACGAGGAUACAACAGGAGACGCUGGCCCCUCUUUACCACAGUGCAGCGGGAGGAGGCCCUGGAGGCCCCAAAUGUACACCAUGUGAGACAACCAAACUCAUUUGCCAAGCACCCCACAGCCCUGCUGAUGAGCUCCCAUGCACCUUCCCCACCUCUGGUCCCGAUGUCAAGGUGUCACUACCCUUCACGGGGGAAAUGACAGAGAAAGAAGGGACGAAGGGGAAGACGAUGAUGGAGGACCAGAGCAAAGGGUCUGGAGAACCUCAGGAGGUGUCAGAGGAAGACGAAGUUGUGAGUGCAUCGCCCCUUUUGGCAGGCUCUUGCGUGUGUGUCAUUCCCGUCCGCGAGCCGUUGGAAGUAGGGGAGAAUGAGGACUGUAGCCAGGCUGUCAGCCCCGGGACUCCAGGGACCUGCUCAUGUGGAGGGCUGGAUGGAGAUGAGAGUGGGAAAGAGGAGAAAAGUGAGAGUGUAAGGGCAGACAGUGGUGGAGAAAAGGGUGAUGGAAAUCAAGAAAAGAUGGUUUUAUCCAAGUGCGAGACGGGUGUUGCAUCUCUUGUCUCCCUCUCUCCUCCACUCCUCCACACCUCCUCUGUAAUCCCUCCAUCCAGUCCACUCACUGAACUCUGCCUGCCGUUGUCUCAGGUGAGCCCAGAGUUCAAAUCUCACUUGACUGACAGGUCGCUGGGAAAACAGGAGGAAUUAUACAGACUGGCAAGCACAGACUCCACCUCAACAGAGAACAGUACGACCUCUGCAGUGACCUCGGUCAGUCCCUUGAUGACUUCCUCAUCUGUUGGAGAUCUCUACCUGGACAAGCCCCCAGAAGCCUCGAGCCUGGAGCAAGGCCAGGGACUUUCCUGGGGGGAUAGCAGGAGAAACAAGCUCUCUUCUGGGGAGUCGGAACUGGAGUGCUCACCUGAGAGUCUCCAUAGUCAGCUGGCUGAACCAACUCUUACCUCAGGUCAGGUGUCUGGGAACAACAACACCACCUUCAUCUCCAGCGGACAGGUGAUGAACUUCAGCGGGGACGUCAUCGUCGUCUACGUCAGCCAGACGUCGCUCGGCAGCGACGGCACGGGCCAGGACGAUGCCUUCGGGAGCCCCGUCCAGGAAGAGGCCAAUGAAACGGCCCCGUUUUUCCAGAGCAGCCUGAGGUCGCAAGGGGACUGCAUUUCGCAAAGCACCUUGCAAGACGAGACACUGCCAGUGCAAGAAGUGAUGGAGGAGUGGCCGCCCGGGAAGUGAAAAGUGACCGGCGGCUGUUUGUUUGUCAGGACAGUGAUCAUCUCUGUAGCCAGCAGACAUUGCAAAAAUGACUUCUGAUCAUUUCUGUUGGUUACUUUAUUUUAUAUAUCAAAGCUCCCAGUUAUAUUAUAAAAAUAAGUUAAUUAUAAAACACCAUUUGUCUGCCAUACCAGCUUUCUGUACAAGAACAAGGACAGGGAGGCUUUCAGAGAGCAACUCUUAGGGGUGUGAAGCUAUUGAUCAAUCCCUACAUCAUUUGCUUGGAAUGUAAACUUCUAUAACUUGUCUAUUUUCACACAUUAGUCACUGAAUCUUGCUUCAGGCAUCUCCAAAGUGCCCUUUUUCAUUUUCCAUUGGAAGACUGCAUGCUCUUUCAAACGGAAACUCCCUCCAGUCCAGACAAUGAUGGGGAAUUUUGUAGGGAAUUGGAUGUGGAACUGCAGUUCAGACUGGAAGAACGUCAUGUCUUUAUUGUUGAAUGGAAAUUUCAGCUGGGUCUUGCUACAGGAGAGUUAGUACAUUUUUUCAUGCCAUUCAAAAGCCCAGGUUAAAAUCCGGAGACUCCUCCUGUUUUUAACUGUUCUAAAUUUGACAUUUGGAUGAUUUCAAGAGUUUCCUUGCAUAACAAAAUAUCCACCAUGUGGAAAUGAUUGUGUUUGCUCUCACAAAAUCAUGCCAUGAAAGUAAAUAUUUGAACGGCAGAAAAUUCAAUCGACAAGCUACAUUAAGAUCUGGGAUUUCACUGAGUGAAUUUUUGUCUUUCUGUUUUUUUGUUUUGUUUUGGUUUGCAGGGUUUAACAAAAGCUAAUUUACAGUAAAGAGACACAUCCAGUUUUGGUACGACGCUUGUUUAUCCCAUAUGUAGACUUUUUUUUAUUCUCUUCUCAUUGCACCAGAAGUGCAGUUUGUGUGUAAGAAAAAAAUGCUAUGCAUUUGAUAAGCUAUUUUAUUAAUGGUUUGUUUUGUUUCAUUAUGUUUAAAUGUACAAGCCUUAAUGAAGAAAAGUAAAAAUGUCAGCCUGUUUAUAUUUUAAUUAAUUUCACAAAGUAGAUUGUAUAUGUAAUAUUUCAGAGGAUGCAUAUGUGAUCAAUGUUUGUAUAUAUUUCAAAAGAAGCAUUUGUGGAACAAGAAUGAA